AUGGUUUUGCAAGCGGUUUCAGCCUGGCUGCUGCAUGUGGACGCUGCCAUUGAGGAACUGAUUCCUUUACUGCGGGCAUGGUCGUGGACUUUUGUCGCUGUUGGCGCAGUGAUCGUCAUCAUUUGUGCCAACAGAAACUCCGACCGGCCGAGACGCUACAAGGUGCCGUUACCCAAGCUCCCUGAGGAGAAGCGGUACUUGAGCUCGCCGAGCAUCAAGGUGUCCGGAUCAUCUGCGAUUCAGUGCUACGCGCCCGCCACAGGCCAGUUCCUCGGCCUCGUCAACCCGUCCACGCCCGCGGCCAUUGACCGCGCUGUCGCGUCGGCCAAGGCCGCGCAGACUGUCUGGGCGAGCACGACAUCGUUCCGCGACCGGCGCCGGGUGCUUCGUUCGUUGUUGCAACAUGUGCUCGACAACCAAAAGGACAUCUGCCGCGUUGCGUGCCUGGACUCUGGCAAGCUGCCGCUCGACGCUGCGCUCGGCGAGGUGCUCGUUGUCGCGGAGCGGAUUCAAUGGACUCUCAAGCACGGCGAGAAGGCGCUGCGGCCGUCGUCGCGCCCGACCAACGCACUCUUGAUGCCGCACAAGCGCAACGCGGUCGUGUACGAGCCUCUGGGUGUGGUGGCCGCGCUUGUCAGCUGGAACUACCCGUUCCACAACCUGCUGGCACCCAUGGUGUCGGCGCUGUUUGCGGGCAACGCCAUUGUCGUCAAGGCUUCCGAACAGACGGCCUGGAGCACGCAGUACUUUACGGCGCUGAUGCGCGGCGCUCUCGUCGCGCACGGCUACGACCCGGCUCUUGUGCAGGCCGUCGUGUGCUGGCCGGCGACUGCGAACCACCUGACGCAGCACCCGGAUAUCGCCCACGUUACGUUUAUUGGCUCGCAGGCCGUAGCACGGCACGUGGCCACAUCGGCUGCACAGGCGCUGACGCCCGUGUGCGCGGAGCUGGGCGGCAAGGACCCUUUUAUUGUCCUGGACUCGGUCGGUGCUAAGCGUCUGCCGGCGGUCGCGGCGACCAUGCUGCGCGGCACGUUCCAAUCCAGCGGACAGAACUGCAUUGGCAUCGAGCGCGUGAUCGCGGCGCCGGGUGUGUACGAGCCGCUCCUGGCUCUGGUGACGGACAAGGUCAGGGCUCUGCGUAUCGGGUUCCAAGACGACGAGGGGGACGACGCCGAGACGGACGACGCGAACAAGUACGAUGUGGGUGCCAUGAUCUCGGACGCCAACUUUGACCGUCUCGAGCGUCUGAUCGACGACGCCGUCAACCAGGGCGCGCGGCUGCUUGCGGGCGGACGCCGUUACACGCACCCUCGCUUCCCGCACGGCCACUACUUUACGCCGACGCUGCUGGCCGACGUUACCCCGGGCAUGGCCAUUGCGCAGGAGGAAUGCUUUGGCCCCAUCCUCUGCAUGAUGCGCGCCAAGGCGAGCACGGCCGAGGCGGUGCUGGCGAUUGCCAACGCUGCGCCAUUUGGCCUGGGUGCGUCCGUGUUUGGCAACGAGCACGGUGCCGAGGCCAGCGAGAUGGACAAGGUGGUCAAGGGCGUCAAGGCUGGCAUGGUGGCGAUCAACGACUUUGCGACAUACUACGCGGUGCAGCUGCCGUUUGGCGGCGUGGGCGGGUCUGGGUACGGGCGGUUUGCGGGCAGCGAGGGCCUGCAGUCGCUGUGCAAUGCCAAGAGCGUCUGCGCGGACCGGUUCGGCUGGUUGGGCAUCCGCACGGGCCUGCCGCCUGUCGUGCAGUACCCGGUGCGUAGCCAGCAGGGCGGCUGGUCGUUUGUCAAGGGCCUGGUUACAUUUGGCUACGGUCUCUCGUGGAGUGAGAAGAUUGGGGGUCUGCUGGAGCUGAUUCGGAAUUCAUAG